GGUCGGUGCUUGGGCGGGGGCGCGCGCGCGGGGCGGGGCGGGGCUGCUGGCGGGGGCGGGCGCGCGCCCCGACCGUUGCCGGCGGUGAGGCGGCGAUCGCCGUUACUCGCCGUUACGGUCGUUGAGCUGAGGUAAAUCGCGGUUGCCGCGGUUUCACCCCCGCCUCCCCUUUGAGCCGAGACCACCGGCCCGCCUCCUCUGGCUGUCCCCUUCCCUCAGGCGAUGCGCGGUGCCGCGGCCGGUGUCGCGAAGUGAAGCCGCCGCUGUCGUCGUCGUCGUUCCGCCCGCCCCCACCCGCGACCCCCACCGAACGGCGACAUGGGCGAGUGCGGAGCCCCCGGGGACGUCAACUCCAACGUGCUCAUCGCCCGCAGCACCGGCGACGCGCAGCUCGACAAGGCGGUGUGGCAGUGGCUGAACUGGGACAAGAACCAAAAAACAAAAGAACAGAUCGAAAGCUUGUUACAGAAUGGAAAGCAUAAAGAGUUACGGGAUCGUCUCUGCUGCAGGCUGACCUUUGGGACUGCCGGGCUGCGCUCCGCUAUGGGAGCGGGCUUUUGCUACAUUAAUGAUCUUACGGUGAUCCAGUCAACACAGGGGAUCUACAAGUAUCUCGAGAGGUGUUUUUCAGACUUUAAGCAGAGAGGCUUUGUUGUUGGAUAUGACACACGAGGUCAGGUGACCAGCAACUGCAGCAGUAAGAAACUUGCAAAGCUCACUGCAGCAGUCCUACUGGCUAAAGAUGUGCCCGUGUACUUCUUUUCUACGUACGUCCCUACACCGUUUGUGCCCUAUGCUGUUCAGCAGCUCAAAGCUGUGGCUGGUGUGAUGAUCACAGCAUCCCACAACCGGAAGGAGGACAAUGGGUACAAGGUUUAUUGGGAAAAUGGAGCGCAGAUCACCUCUCCUCACGAUAAGGAAAUUAUAAAAUGUAUAGAAGAGUGCGUUGAACCAUGGAAUGGCUCUUGGAAUGAGAAUCUAGUAGACACCAGUCCCCUUAGACAGGAUCCUUUGAAGAAAAUUUGUGACUGUUACAUGGAGGAUCUGAGAAAGAUCUGUUAUCACAGGGAGCUAAAUGUGCAGACAAACCUGAAGUUUGUUCAUACCUCUUUUCAUGGAGUUGGACAUGACUACGUGCAGUUGGCUUUCAAAGCGUUUGGCUUUCAGCCCCCCAUUCCAGUACCUGAACAAAAAGAUCCAGAUCCAGACUUCUCUACUGUCAAAUGCCCAAAUCCUGAAGAAGGAGAAUCUGUGCUGGAGUUGUCACUGAGGCUUGCAGAGAAAGAAAAUGCUAAAGUAGUAGUGGCCACUGAUCCAGAUGCAGAUAGACUAGCAGUGGCGGAACAGCAGGAGAAUGGCUGCUGGAAGGUGUUCACCGGCAACGAGCUGGCAGCUUUGUUUGGGUGGUGGAUGUUUUCUUGCUGGAAGGAGAACUGCUCCCAAGAUGCUGAUGUGAAGAAUGUUUACAUGUUAGCGACCACAGUCUCCUCGAAAAUUUUGAGGGCAAUUGCACUUAAAGAGGGAUUUCACUUUGAAGAAACACUCCCUGGUUUUAAAUGGAUUGGAAGUAGAGUAAAAGAUCUCCUAGAUAAUGGAAAAGAAGUUCUCUUUGCAUUUGAAGAGUCUAUUGGCUUCAUGUGUGGCACAUCAGUGUUGGAUAAAGAUGGUGUAAGCGCAGCUGUGGUCAUAGCUGAAAUGGCAACCUACCUGGAGGGCAAGAACCUAACACUAGCACAGAAACUCAUUGAGAUCUAUGAAACGUAUGGAUAUCACAUAUCAAAGACUUCCUAUUUCUUGUGCUAUGAUCCUCCUACUAUCAAAAGGAUAUUUGAGAAACUGCGGAACUUCGAUGCCCCUCAGUCUUAUCCAAAAUUUUGUGGUAUUUACAAUAUACUACAUGUACGAGAUAUUACCACUGGCUAUGACAGCAGCCAGCCAAAUGAAAAAUCGGUGCUGCCAGUGAGUAAAAGCAGUCAGAUGAUCACUUUUACAUUUCAAAAUGGUUGUGUUGCCACCCUUCGGACAAGUGGAACAGAACCAAAGAUCAAGUACUACGCGGAGAUGUGCGCGCUGCCGGAGCAGAGUGACAGAAGCAUGCUGGAAGAAGAACUUCAGAAGCUUAUUGAAGCUUUGAUCGAGAAUUUUCUUGAACCUGAUAAGAAUGGACUGAUCUGGCGCUCUGCUUAGACCUCUGACAGGUGUUCAAAGAAGCGACCGCCUGCACUGCGUCGUGUGAAACAAAGGAACCAAGAACAGAACUCCGUUUAAGACGUGUGCGUGUGUGUAUGUGUGUUAAACAGCUACAUUUUUAUUCUAUAAAGAAGAAGCAUUCUUUUGUCAGGCUUUUCACCAAAGUCUGGGCUAGAAAAUUUGGGAUAAGGACAGUACGUGAGAGAAAAGGACGCAAUUUAUUAUUACACUUUUGACCAAAAGACUAAUUAACCUGCAGCAAUGCAAACAAACUGCCCUGGGUUUAAGACAGCUGAUCUUAACCACUAGAUCUUGUCUUAAAUUCAUUUCAGGUACUCAAUACUUUUUGUGUGACAAGGUUUUGAAAUCGGGUAGUCCUAAUAUUUGAAGGAAGCGAGCGCUCCAAACUGACAAAAAAAAGCCUGCUUCUUCCUAGCUGUUGUGCGUGAUUGUUACAGGUCUUAAUUUCCAAAAAAUGUUGAAGUAGAGUUCAGUGCUUAGCAGUUCUUGUUUAGGCAAGUUGUUCAAUAUGACAUUUUUUCAGCUACCUAAGUAUCUUUCCGUUGUUAAAGGUGCUCUUGGUGCAUUGUAUCUUUCCUGUGUGCAUCUUAAAAUAUUUACUUUGACAGUGAAACAAUAGUGGCAACACAUGCAGUUCCACUUGCAGGCUGGGUUUGGAAUUACCUAGUGCCUUUCCAAGGCAUUCAAAGGAAUAGGAACUUGUUCAUUCCUUAAUUAAAUUGCCCAUUUUAACUACCAUGGGCUUUGCAACCAGUUUUUGGUCCCACAUCUCUGAAGAGUCUUAAGCUUUUUUUUUUUUUUAUUUUUUUCCAGAAAUUCGGUAACUUUGAGUGAAAAUUCCAGUUAGUGACUUUUUUUUUUGUUUUGAUGGCUUUAAUUCAUACUGUGUAUUUAAAAAAAAAAACAACAACACAAAAACCAACCAACCAAAAAAAAACCAGAAGAAAGUGGAGGUGAGACACUGACACUGCUGAUUAUUAUUUUUAAUUACUAAAUAAUAUUAUUUUUUUGGUCAUGUGUUGUAAGCUAAUUUCUGUUAGAAUAGCAGUUUGCAAAUGCGACUCUUCCUUAUCUUUCAGGGCAAAUUUUUAACAACUUCCCAUUAUCUAUUUCCUACUUUUGCUUGAGCAGAAAAUGAUACUGCUAAUCAAUUUUUCCAAAAAAUAGACUGAUACAGAAAUUCUCAUGUAGAUACUGAGGAUUUCAGAAAAGAAAAGCCGUGUUUUGGCACAGAAAAGCCGUGGAAGAUGCUUUAACUGAAAGAACACUUCAAGAAAAUUGCAUAUUGAUUAACUGAGAAAAAUACUCGUUAAUGUGUGCUACUAAAUUGCUAAUAUAAGCCUUCAGCAUAAAGUCAGUGGUGUUCUGGCCAUCUCCUCGCUAUCACUUUACAGUAAUUAGAUAAAAGAAGUCGAUAAAGCUGAACACUUAACCGCUGUAUUGAAGGUUACCUGAGAAGAACCUGAAAUGCACUUAAAUUAAAGCUGUUGUUUUGCCAUUAUUGUUAAAUCUCUAAAUUUGUCCUCCAUCUUAUUAUACCCUUACAGCUUGAUGCCGCAGGAUUGCGCCGAGUGGUUUUGUAUGUGUUGCGUCUGGAUGGCUUUAAAGAGCACUGAGGUUUCUCUGUCCGUGCGGGUAUCGGGUAUUUCAUGCUGACAGAAGCUUUGCACUAUAACCGUGGAUAAGUAUUUUGCUGUAUAUGAAUGUCCAUGUACUGCAGAAGGUCUGUGUUGCACAAAUUCUUACUUGCCACCGAUAUUUAUUUAUUUUUUAUUUUAAGAGAAAGUAUUUCCAAAUUGUUCUGCAAUUGAGUGAAAUGUAUCUAAUACCAAAAAACAUUGUUUUUUUUUUUUUCUGGAUUGUACAUUUGACUGAUGUGAUGGGGAAAAUGAGUGAAAGCAUUUACGCUUAGAGUAUACUCAUGUUAUUGUACAGCACCGGGUAGGUCUCAGAAGGCGUAAAGGCGUUUUUGACUGCUGCUUCGUCUUUAGUUUUCACAAAAAAGUGCAGAACUGGAUCCCAACUGCACUGAAUUUGGAGGAGGUCUUGUCUUUUUUUUCACGGGCAGCAGAUUAAAGCCUUGGGCAUUUUGGAUUUUGUUUUUGAACAGCCCACUAAUAGUUCAGAAGAGAACAAGUGACUUAGAACAUAAUUUUGAACAAAGGUAAACACUGUAAAAAAGCAUAGUUUAUGUGUGCGUAUUGUAGCAGUUAGUGUUAGGAGUUACGUCUUGUGAGUUACCUUUUUUUUAUGCUCCUAUAAAGAGCAGGAAUCUGCAGUGCCCCAGAGAGACCUGCUUUAUAGCAGUAGACAAGCGUUAUAAAUGCAGUAUGGAAGAAAAUUGUGAUUACGUUUUCCAGUCAGCAUUCUUAGAAGUUGGUAACUGUUCAUGGUAUAAAUAUCUUUAAUAAGAAGACGAAUACGGGGAGUUAAGUAUCUGGGAUUCUUCUCGUCGAUAGAGUUGAGCAGUAAGUUAUAGAUGUAGUAGUGCUUUUGGAAUGACAGCAACAGGCACAAUGUGUUGAAUGUAUUUUAAGGGUAUAAUAACUAUUGCUGUUUUUAAGCUGCUGCUACUGUUGUUUUCCUACUGUAUUUGAACUGUUUGAUAUAUUUAUACUGUUCCAUUUGUGGAACUCCUCCUUUAUCUCCUCCCUCUCAUCUUGCUUCCCUUACUUCUGUUACUGUGAAGGACUGUAAUUCUCUUAUUUUAUUGCCCUGUAACUUUGUUAUACACCGUGUUAGAGUUUGCUAGGCUUGCGUACAAUCUUCUUUCGGUUGUCAGCUGUUCUUUACUACUUUUCAGAUAAGAACAAAGGCUUUUCAAACUUGAGUAGGAAGCAGGUAAUAGAUCAAAGUACGCUGUGGAUGCUGUUUACUAGGCACUUCCAGUUAAAAUACGUCUUUUCAAAGGUUGGUCUACAGCAGGGCAUUGGCUUAAACUGUAAUCACACAGCCAGUGAUUUGUUUUUAGCGUUUGAUAAUAAAAUUGGGAGGGCUUGUGUCUGUCCUUUCCCUUUUUGAUGUCACAGGCUUACUCUCUGUCUCACUCAGACGUGGUGAAGUUGUGUUUCCGUGAGGCUGGGAUAGGACCUUUGUAAGUACAGGAGAGCUGCCAGCCAAGGUGGAACGUCUGCGUUACGGAGCUUGUAGCUGAAAUUUUUAUUCUAGUUGUGAUACAGCUUCCAGUCUGUGGUUUAAGUAGCUUCAGGUGCUAUUCAUGUCUCUCCUCCUGCACUCUGAAGGGCGCCUCCAGCCACAGCCGCAGUGAAUCAUAAACUCUUGCGUGGGGGAGAAGGAGGGAGCGUGUUUAACACAGGAGAGUUUGACUGGGAGCUCCAAGCACAGCCCUAGCUGCAGCCCGAGGUGGCGUAGCCCCUGCUUUGUUUGCAGUUGGCGUGGUGUCCUGUCCGGCCGCUGAGCCAGUGGUGCCUGCCCUGCCCUGCCCUUGCAUCCCAGGUGGGUGCAGCUCCAAGGAGCCAGGUUUCCCCUGGGCUGCGGGAGAACUGGGAACUUGCCUGAGUGGGUCUCUAAUUUCCUUAAUUUUAAAUACCUACCUCUUCCUUCUAAGGAGGGGAAGUGCUUAUUUGUGUCAUCCGCAGAGUGAAUUAAGAAUUAGUUCUAUGUGUUUCUGUUUGAGACGUUGAGGUGCGUUACGAUGUGCAGCAGCCUGGGGCUUCUUUACCUGCCUCCAGCAGUUCCUGACUGCUCUCAGGCUGUUGCCGUACCUCUGGUUGGAGGAUACCUGCAUGUUGAAAUUCCUGGCGUUAUUCCCUGAUUUAGCGGUACUUAGGUAAGCACUUUGCAUCCGCUCUUUGGCUCCUGAAGCAUUAGGGGUUUCAGUUUCAGGGGGUGUGUUUGUGUGAAACUUUCAGAGUAUUGAAGGAGGAGCCACAAGGUUGGAAUGGGGGUUUCUGUCAUUUGGGGCAGGGUGGGACACGUGGUUGGCUUUAAAAAGCACUUGGAUAUUCUCUUUAAUUUUAAAACUAAUAUUAUCAUCACUUCAUUUUGUCUUUCCCCUGGUUUUGCCCUCUUUUCUCCCCAAGUAAGGGGGCGGGGGGGGGCUGCAUGGUGCCCCCUGAAUGGUUAGAGUCUGCCUCGAUACCAUUUUCCAUCCUCCCCUGCCCUUUGCCUGCUCGAGAGUAACUUUGUACGAGGUGAUGGAAGUACCUGCAGCUGCAGCGAUCUCCUUGGCUAGAAUCCUGGGGAGUUCUGGAUCUGUGCUCUUGUUUACCCGGUGUCUGUUCUUCUGUAAAACUAGGGCACAUUACAAAUACAGAGUGAGAAUUUGCACUUUCCUGAAGUAUUUCUGUGUGUAUUGCUACGUGGAUUUAGCUGAAUGAAGUGUUACAAGUAAUAAAAUAUUCUCUUCGUAGUA